ACACGCACGUUAGGGCCCCUCCGGAACGGUCUAGCAUCUCCCAGAGUGGACCUUGCAGCGCGAGACCCUCGGUUAGGAAGCACGAGUCUCGGCAAAGGGCUCGACGGUAGUGGCUCGAGGCAACUCUAGAGUAACAGGUAACAGGCGGACCAUCGCAGACGCACAAACAAGCUAACUGACAGAUGACCUGUACCCGUUGCGACUCUACCCGAACCUGCCUAUCCGCCUCCUCCUGUCCGUGUGCGGGUCGUGAACCACGGGCACAGGCAUCGGAGUCAUGACAGAGCACCGCCGUCAGCGAUAUUGCCAAGGCCGAUCACCGACAUGGACGGGGGGGCAGGCCACCUCCGUCAUCGAGGAUAUGCUUUCUUUCUUCUGAUGCAAACACCGUUCCAGAUACCGCCCGCCGGAUAUAUCGAGGAUGACGAGACAACAGGAGCCAAACCAAACCCUGACUCGCACGAGGCCCUUAUGUAUGCCGAGUGCUGCGGGCCGGGUAUAUAACGCCGUCCCUUCUCCAUCCUACCAUAUCCAAUCCCGGGCGGCAGUUCCUUCAUCAACGCCGCGAACAUAUAUAGACGCCGAAGAGUCCCCAUCUUCCCCUCCUCCCAAGUCUCACGCCUCUUUACAUCCACUCCCCUCGGACCCACGAACCCACCAGCCAGGUAGCGAGGCAGCUAGCCAGCCAGUCGUCUAGAUACCUACCAACGCCCACCAUGCGCCUCCUCGAGUCCUUCCUCGCGGCCUUCCCCCUCCUCUCCCGCGCCGCCGCGCGCCCGCCUCCGCUGUCCUCUGCCGACGCCUCCACGGCUGUCGCAAGCCUCGCGAACGGCACCUUCGUGGCGCGCUCGGGACCCGUCUUCGAGGAGCUGGGCCACCGGAAGACCCGCCAGAUCCCGACCCCGCCGGGGCCUGAGGAGGGCGGCCCCGCCACCGACCCCAUCGCGGAAGGAUCGCUUAUGGUGGCGACUAUCCUCGGACCGCUUACGUUGACGACGACCGUAGGGCCGUCCACGCUGACGCUGACGCUUACCGAGUCGGUGCUGACGGUGCCGGUCACCGAGGCACCGCCGGAGCUGAAUGCUGCGGCGCUGGCGACGCCGACGGAGACCCUGACGCUCGCCCUCUCGCGGACCAUCGCGACUGCUGUGGACACGGAAUCGACGAGUGUGGCCACGGAAUCGACGAGUGUGGCCACGGAAUCGACGAGUGUGGCCACGGAAUCGACGAGUGUGGCCACGACGUGGUAGCUCGCGGCGAUGCUACGAGGCGGGUGGCAGGGAGAGGGAUGCAGGAAGACUGGAAGGAACACGAGCCUAGAGGCAGGAGAUUAAUUCGCGCGCGUACAGGAGAACUGUGUCAUGUGUUUCUGUUCCCUUUGCUAGGUUGGAUAUCAGCCACAUCGAUG